AUGGCGCCCAAAGAAGAACCGCCAUCCAUCCCCCUCUUCGCCUCCACCCAGCUCGCCCUCCUCUCGAGCGAGCUCGCCGCCGACCUGGCCCAGACCUCGACGCUGCUCGCCUCCCACGCGCCCGCGACCCUGCAGCGCGCCGGCCUCGCCCUGACCUCCCUCCUGCCGCAGGCCCGCCGCACCAGCCCCAGCGGCCGCACCCUCCUCGAGCUCGCCCCCGACCCGGCCACCGCCAAGACGCAGGACCUGCCCGAGCACGGGCUGCGGCCCUGGGGACAUUGCCAAGGGCGGCAGGGCCGUCGUGGCGAGGGUGCGGAGGGACUGGCGGAUGAGGUCACGUACAAACGGAUGAACCAAACCAUGGAGAAGCUGCAAAAGAUGCCCGAGGCCGAGUACUCGAGCUUCAUGCGCGUGCUCUUCGGAUUGUCCAGUCCGUCUCCCAUACCAGUGGAUCUCGCAGCAGACGGGGAACUUGGCAAGCUCGAAUGGAUCGAUCCAUCUCUCAAUGAUUCACAAAAGGACGCCAUCCGCUUUGCCCUCGCGUCGCGGGAGGUGGCACUCAUCCAUGGCCCUCCGGGUACUGGCAAAACUCACACCCUCAUCGAGCUCAUCCUUCAGCUUGUCCGCCGCGACCAGCGCAUCCUCGUCUGCGGCCCCUCCAACAUCUCCGUCGACAACAUUGUCGAGCGCCUCGCCCCCCAUAAGAUCCCCAUCAUCCGCCUCGGCCACCCAGCCCGUCUCCUCCCCUCCGUUCUUGCUCACUCUCUCGAUGUCCUGACGCACACCUCCUCAGCCGGGGCCAUUGUCCAGGACGUCCGUGCCGAGAUGGAUGCCAAGCAGGCCUCCCUGAAGAAGGCUCGCACCGGCCGCGAUCGCCGCGCCAUCUAUGCGGAUCUCAAGGACCUGCGAAAAGAGUACCGCGAGCGCGAGCGCGGAUGCUUGCGCGAGCUGGUAGGAGGCAGCAAGGUCGUUCUGGCGACUCUGCACGGGGCCGGCGGGUUCCAGCUGCGGGAUGAAAAGUUCGACGUCGUCAUCAUUGACGAGGCGAGCCAGGCCCUCGAAGCACAGUGCUGGGUACCGCUGCUGAGGGCGAACAAGGUCGUGUGCGCGGGCGAUCACCUGCAGUUGCCGCCGACGAUCAAGUCGCUGAACUCCAAAACCAACAUGCCGAAGAAGAAAGACGAGGAAGAGGUGCCGAUAGUCAAAGGCAUGACGCUUGAGACGACCCUCUUUGACAGACUUCUUUCCCUGCAUGGACCAUCAAUCAAGAGAAUGCUUAUAACGCAGUAUCGCAUGCACGAGGCUAUCAUGCGGUUCCCCUCCGAUGAGCUCUACGAAGGAAGGUUGGUGGCUGCUGAAUCAGUUGCGACGCGCCUCCUCAAAGACAUGCCAUAUGCGGUACAGGACACGGAAGAUACAAAUGAGCCUCUUGUCUUUAUUGACACGCAGGGCGGAGACUUCCCCGAGAAAAGUGAAGAAGACAGCGACGAUGCGGCGAAGAAGGCCAAAUUAAGUCUCAACGGCGAGAGCAAAAGCAACGAAAUGGAGGCAGCAGUUGUUCGGCAGCAUGCACGCCAGCUGGUCGAAGCGGGGAUCAAACCCGAGGACAUCGCGGUUGUCACGCCUUACAAUGCCCAGCUCGCGCUGCUGGCGCCAUUAAAAGAAGAGCUCCCAGGCAUCGAGUUGGGGUCUGUAGACGGCUUCCAAGGACGCGAGAAGGAGGCUGUCAUUGUCAGUCUCGUCCGAAGUAACGGAGACGGUGAGGUGGGCUUCCUUGCAGAGAAACGAAGACUAAACGUGGCCAUGACGCGACCGAAGCGUUCGUUGACCGUUGUUGGCGAUUCAGAAACAGUCAAAAGAGGAAGCGCAUUUUUGAGGAGGUGGAUAGAGUUCCUGGAAGAGAAUGCCGAUCUGAGGUAUCCAGACGUCUCAGUGCUCCAGGAGGCCUGA